AUUUUCUAUAUGGGAGUAUUUUGAAAAACAAACCCUAAUUAUAAGAAACCUACUCUGCUCCCGCCUCACUCUCUCUCUCUCUCUUUCCGGCAACCGUUCGGCUGCCCUUUUUUUAAGGAAACCACGACGGAAAACCCAUCCAAUUUCAUUCUCGGCGGUCCAACAUGAACAACCUGAAGUUGUCGUCGGAAGUUUGGUCGAGGUUGGAGUUGCAAGCGGACAAGGGAGAAGAAGUCCUCCGGUUGUGUGCGGUGGACAUUGAGCGCAGCCGCCUCUUCUUUGCUUCCUCCGCCGGCUUUGUAUACGCCGCUCAACUUUCUUCGCCUCAAAUUGAAGGAGCAUGGAAUAAGGGUUUGUUGCCUGCUACAGCUCAGCUGAUUGAUUUAGACGAUGGAGAUUCCAUUACUUGUUUGGAAUAUAUUAUGGAAAAGGAGGCCUUGAUCAUUGGAACUUCGAAUGGACUUCUCUUACUUUAUUCUGUGGACGAUAAUGCAACAGAGAUUGUGGGUCGGGUUGAAGGUGGCGUUAGGUUCAUUGCACCAAGUCCCGAUGGAGACCUGCUUGCUUUGAUCACUGGUUUUGGGCAGAUACUAGUUAUGAAUCUUGAUUGGGAUCUAUUAUACGAGAUGCCGCUUGAUGAUUUGCCUGAAGAUGUAGACGUACAUGAAUCAGCACUUUCUGGUGAUCAUUCAUCAGAUGCCUCCAUUUCAUGGAGAGGUGAUGGAAAAUUCUUUGCAUCAUUAAGCAUGGUGAAUGCUUCCUUUCCCUUGCACAAGAAGCUUAAAGUUUGGGAGCGUGAUUCCGGCGCACUCCACUCCGUCUCAGAAUCGAAGCCCUUCAUGGGAUCAGUUCUGGACUGGACACAAAGCGGAGCUAAAAUUGCUCUUGUCUAUGAUCGAAAGGAAGUUAAGCAAUGUCCAUCUGUAACUUUAUUUGAGAAAAAUGGCCUAGAGCGAAGCUCAUUCAGUAUCAACGAGGCAAUAGAUGUGACAAUAGAAGUUCUCAAGUUCAAUUGUAACUCGGAUCUUCUUGCUGCUGUUGUCAGAGGCGAGACAUUCGACACCCUUAAGAUAUGGUACUUCAGUAAUAACCAUUGGUACUUAAAGCAAGAGAUCAGAUAUUUAAAAGAGGAUGGAAUAAAAUUUAUGUGGGACCUGACAAACCCCUUAAAGUUGAUGUGUUGGACUCUUGAUGGUCGAGUUGUAUCUUACAAGUUUGUCUGGGUGACAGCUGUCACCGACAACUCAAUAGCAUUUGUCGUUGAUGCCUCGAAAGUGCUCGUUACCCCUUUUUCCUUAUCCUUGAUGCCACCUCCAAUGUACUUUUUAAAAUUAGAAUUUCCCAGUGCGGUUCGGGAUAUGGCUUUCUCUUCUAAAAUCUCCCAAAAUCAUUUAGCUGCAUCUCUUUCAGACGGUAGUUUGUGUAUAGUGGAGCUUCCUCCUCUUGACCAAUGGGAUGAUCUCGAAGGUCAGACGUUUAAAAUCGAGGCUUCAUAUUCUGGUACAGAGUACGGGCCUUUGUUACAUCUUUCUUGGUUGGACUCACAAGUGAUUCUUGGUGUUUCUCAUUUUGACGAGGAUGUGCGCACAGGAUAUUACCUCCAUGAAAUUGAAAUAAGUUGUUCUGACUAUCGCAGCCCAGGUUCAGUGAUAUGCGCAGGGUGGCAUGCGGAAACUUCUCAUCAGAUUUCUCUUGAAGGAGUGGUUAUUGGUAUAGCUCCUAACCAACUUAUAAGUCGUUCUGCAUUUGUUCAGUUUGACGGUGGAAAAAUGUUUGAGUACACGUCAAAGUUGGGUGGUCUUCAGAGAUGUGAUGACAUGGCUUUCCUAUCAUCUUGCCCAUGGAUGGAUGCUGCCCUAGUUGGAGAGAAACCGUUGCUUUUUGGGCUUGACGAUAAUGGGAGACUGCAUUUUGAGAGAAGGGUAUUGUGCAACAACUGCAGUACUUUUUCAUUCUACUCAAAUUCUGGUGAAGGGAUGAUGACACAUUUGGUUAUUACCACCAAACAAGAUUACCUGUUUAUUGUUGAUGUUGGUGACAUUGUGCAUGGACAACUGGAACAGAAGUACGGGAAUUUCCUUCCUGUUGUAGUAAGGAAAAAAACGGGGGAGAACGAAAAUGUUUUCGUUCAUUUGUGGGAAAAAGGGGCACAGAUUAUUGGUGUUCUCCAUGGAGACGAGUCUGCUGUAAUACUACAAACACCUCGUGGAAACCUCGAAUGUGUCUAUCCGAGAAAAUUAGUCCUUGCUUCGAUCUUCAAUGCUCUGGCUCAAGGGCGAUUUAGAGAUGCCUUGCUUAUGGUACGGAGACAUAGGAUUGAUUUCAAUGUCAUCAUUGACCAUCGUGGUUGGGAAGCCUUUGUGGAGUCAGCUGCAGACUUUGUCAGACAGGUCAACAAUCUGAGCUACAUAACCGAGUUUAUUUGCGCCAUUAAACACGAAGAUAUUAUGGAGACACUUUAUAAAAACUACGUGUCUUUGCCUUGCAUAAACGGCGAUAAAAGUUCAAAGACUAUUAUUGACGGUGAUAAGAAAGUAUACUCUGUACUCUUGUCUAUACGAAAGGCUCUCGAGGAGCAAAUUGAGGAAACUCCUGCAAGGGAGCUUUGCAUCCUGACAACGUUAGCCAAAAGUAGCCCACCAGUUCUCGAAGACGCUUUGAAAAGAAUUAAGGUUAUUCGAGAGAUGGAGCUGUCGGCAGCUACAGAUCCACGGCGAAAGUCGUAUCCUUCGUCCGAGGAAUCUUUGAAGCAUCUGUUAUGGCUUUCUGAUACCGAGGCAGUUUUCGAAGCUGCUCUAGGCCUUUAUGAUUUGAGCCUCGCCGCUAUUGUUGCAUUAAAUUCACAACGUGAUCCGAAAGAGUUUCUGCCACUUCUUCAAGAACUGGAACGCAUGCCACCACUUUUAAUGCAGUACAAUAUCGAUCUCAAAUUAGAAAGGUAUGAAAGUGCUUUGAGGCACAUUGCUUCAGCUGGAGACUCUUAUUACGAAGAUUUUACGAACCUGAUGAAGAAAGUUCCGGAACUUUAUCCGUUAGGGCUCCAGUUGGUCGGUGGUGAUUCGCGUAAGAGACAACAAGUUCUUGAAGCUUGGGGAGAUCAUCUUGAUGCCACUAAAUGCUUCGAAGAUGCUGCUACCACUUUUCUGUGCUGCUUCUGUUUGGACAAGGCAUUAAAGUCUUACCGUUCCUGUGGUAAUUGGAUGGGCGUUCUGACAGUUGCUGGAUUUAUGAAGCUUGGGAAGGACGAUGUGUUACAGCUGGCGCGUGAGCUAUCCGAGGAACUUCAGGCACUCGGUAAACCAGGAGAUGCUUCGAAGAUACUCUUGGAGUAUUGUGGUGAUGUGGACGGUGGAGUUAGCCUUUUGGUCGAUGCAAGGAAUUGGGAAGAGGCACUGAGGGUUGGUUUCUUGCACAGGAGAGAUGAUUUGAUUUUAGUGGUGAAGAACGCCUCGUUAGAGUGUGCAACCUUGCUUGUUGGAGAGUACAAUGAAGGGAUGGAGAAAGUUGGCAAGUACUUGACCCGAUAUCUGGCAAUUCGACAAAGGAGAUUAUUACUUGCUGCAAAAAUUAAAUCGGAUGAGCUAUCUUUGGGCUAUCCUGAUGAUGAAACUGCUUCACAAGCCAGCAGUAAUUUUAGUGGGAUGAGUGCAUACACCACAGGAACAAGAAGAGGUUCGAGUGCUUCUACCACCUUAAGCACGUCCACAAGGGGUAGGGGUCGUCAAAGAAACAGAGGGAAAAUUAGAGCCGGAAGUGCUGAUGAGGAGGCGGCACUAGUAGAUCAUUUGAAGGGUAUGUCUCUGUCUGAAGGAGGCAAAAUCGAGCUUAAAUCUCUGUUGAUUUCUCUGCUGAUGCUCGGUGAGGAAGACACUGCUAGGAAACUGCAAAGAACUGCAGAGAAGUUCCAACUGCACCAAAUUGCAGCGGUGAAGUUGGCAGAGGAUGCGGGGUCCACCGAUAACAUCGACGAACAGGCAUUGACCUUGGAUCAUUACACUCAGAGUGUAAGAAAGCAAGUGCUGAAUUCAGAUGCAUUCUCUUGGCAGUCCAAAGUGUUGCUCUGAUGGAAACAGUAGGAAAACAAACUGCAGAAUUCAGAUGCAGUAUUAUUGCACUCUUGUUUUUUUUUUAAGGUUUAUUUAUUUGGUCUAAUUAUAUGAAGCAUCAUGUUUCACAUCAGGAAUUGCAUUAUGUAAGAGAAUAGUUUGAAUUUUUUUUUUCGGCAAGUGAUAGAUUUCUUUUCUUGCAA